AUGUUUAGAAUCGCGAAGAAUUUGGUGAAGACGUUUGAACAAUCGGUACACGACAUCUCAUUGGAUAGGUCACUGGAUUCGUAUUUUCAGUCUAUUCCGUCCAACUUGCUUAUCCCAGGAAAUGAUACAACCAACUCACUACAUGGUCUUAGAGUGGUGAAAGUUGAAGAAUCGCAGCUUCAGGUGACAUCGUUUUUCGAUUACAUUGUAGGAAUCGACAACAACCCAUUACCGAUGAUUGUGAAUCAGCAUGGAUUUCUAUAUCCAGACUACAAUGCUAUCUUCAAGGUCUUGAACAGCCAUUGUGGUGCCGGUGUGCUUUUCAACAUAUGGUCUGGUAAAGGUGGGUCAUACAGGGAUGAAUACAUCCAUAUCAUAGCUAAAAAUACGGUUGAAGAUAUCCCCUUGGACUCUGAAGUUAGUGAAAACACACACGCACUGUUUGAAACGUUGGGGUUCUCUGUACAAUGGGCACCGCUACUUGGAGCAACCUACACAUACCACGUUUUAAAUAUCAACAUCCCGAACGGCCCUGCCGUUGCAAGUGGCCUAGUUCCAGGUGAAGACUACAUCAUCGGCUGCCAGGAUGGGUUAUUAGCCACAGGAGGAGAAACUAUCCUACAGGACAUUGUCAGGUCGAAAGCCAACCACGAGCUCGUUCUAUACGUCUACAAUGUCGCCCACGAUUGCGUCAGACCAGUGACUGUCCAAAUUGGCCACGAAGGAAGACUAGGUUGUGCGGUUGGAUACGGCUUCAUCCACAGAAUCCCUCAACCAAAAACCAGCUUUCCGCCAACAACUGAUGAUCCUUCCUCAAACCCAAAAGAUACUUUCAUACCGGCAACAAAAAUUGACCCGCACCACAUCACUGCUACCCCCAAAGAGCCUGCACAAACUUCAUCACCCCCAACCCCACAACCAACCGGCAACUUUGCAGUGCCUCCUCCUGUUCACAAGAAGAAACGGCACACCAAUCCAAAUGCUUCUUCUGCCAUGGAGGAAUACUUCCUACAAGGAAGGGACAAAAGCCCUAACAUCUCAAGUACCUCAACCCCUCUCCCCCCACCACCUCCCGUCCACCACGGUACAGGAGGCAGCUAA